UAAUUCAGUGUUAUCUGCAUUGGAUGUGCGUACCUUGUCAAAGAGUACUGGCAUUAUUAGGCCACUGAGAGAGAUUGACGCCUGCGCCAGAAUUGGCGCUCGGCCGGAUUAGGAUAUGAGGUUGUUCACACAGAGUUUUUGUUGGAAGAUGUGGAAGUCAUGCUCAGCGCAAUCGCGGCGCGAAGAGCAGCACAAGUCUCCUUAGAUUCAUCCAAGUCUCCCAGCUCUAAUGAGCUCUCACCGCUGCCAACGCCUUCAACACCAUCCGCGGAUCUCAUUUCCGAGCCAAAGCGUAACUCAAAUCCUCCCUCGAAACGCAAAUCCAGUUCUGUCAAUGGAAAGUCAUCGCGGAACAGCAAGAAAGCAAAAAUCUUGCCACAGCGAGUGCCGACCGCUCGGUAUUUCGAGUCGAAGGACAUGGUUGAGGGAGGAGAGGAUGUAAUUAUGGUGGGGUCGAGCUCGGAUUCAGAGUCGGACGUUCAAGUGGUCUUGGAUUCAUCUGAUGACUCAGAAGCCGAAGAAGCACAAAAUCCACUUGUUCCCGUUGAAUUACCAUUAUUCCCCCAGCCUUCAAGAUCUGAGCCUUCCCAACUGUCCACGUUCAGACCUACUCGUGAUCUUAACGUUUACGAGCUCUCUGCAGAUGAAGUUAAUGACAUGGGCUUACAAAAUGAGGCUUCGGUGCUUUCCAUCGAGCGGGAGGAGACACUCGCGCUUCUAGGGACAUACGCUCUCACUGUUUUGAAAGGGUCUAUUUCCAUACUCGGCGUAACCUUGUCUGCCUCAAAGGUAGCUCACCAUGUGUUCGCCCCUCGUUCUGCUCCGAUUCCCAUCUUACGAUGCGUCUCGUCGGACGUACAUGCCGACUUGGACAUAUAUUCCCUUCCUCCUCGCAUCAGGAAUUCCCGUGAUGGGGCUGUAGUAGCAAUUCAAUCGCUCGACACGGGUGUGGAAGGUCUCGGACGUGUUUGUCGCGUCUUUGAUGGGGUUUUCGAACCUUCGCGUUGGCAGCGGAGCUCGGCAGAAUUUAUACGGCCUGGCGUGAGCUUGGUGACGCACAGCACAAGGGACGUGCUCCCGUUCGUGCUGCCUGGAUCAUGGAGUAUUGCACUGAGCGCUGCAGAAACGCUACCCUCUUCAUCAGAUCCCGUACCGCUCUCGGUGUAUGUUGUCAAGGGUCCGAAAAAGUCCGGGAAAAGUACGUUUGCUAGGACGCUUUUGAACAGGCUUUUGGCGAAAUUUCAGCGCGUCGCAUAUCUCGAAUGCGAUGUAGGGCAAUCUGAAUUUACACCUGGGGGUUUGGUCGCUCUAAACGUUAUUGACAGUCCGGUAUUUGGCCCGCCUUUUACGCAUCCUACUCUUCCAUACCGAGCGCACUAUGUUGGAGCAACUUCACCGCGGUGCAGUCCAGCACACUAUCUUGCGGCCGUUCAAGCGCUCCUCGAAACGUACAAGCUCGAGAUUCAAACGUCCAUGCCCGAUGACGAAUCGAUUGAUACACGGAUCACCGACGUCACUCCCCUGGUGGUCAAUACCAUGGGGUGGACGAAGGGUCUUGGUGCCGACUUGAAUGCCAAGAUCGAAGAACUUGCUGAGAAUACUCAUGUAUUCGAGAUCAUCGGUCCAGAAGAAAAAGGGUGGCCAACUGCUCCGCCAGCCUAUGACACUCUGUACAACCCGUCUCCGCAGAGCAAGGCAUUCCAGUACACCCUCGAAGCAAUAUCGCCCACCUUAACGAAUACGCAUUUUAAUGCCGCCGACCAGCGCAACUUAAACAUCUUGUCGUAUUUCCAUGCUACCUUUCCAUCAAUUACAUCAGCAUCAUUUCCGUCUCCAUCCGCUCCGAUUCGUCAAAUGACAGCAACUAAAUGGGAGACCUCUCACCCUCUCUGUGCCCGGUAUCCGUAUGAGGUGGACUGGAGCCAGGCAUAUGACCAGGUCAUCCUGAUCGGCGCAGGAUACGAGGACGUGAUCCCCUUGGAGAUCUCCAAUGUGUUAAAUGGCGCGAUCGUUGGCCUUGUCGAAUGCGAGCCCGGAACCGAGGAUCCAGUAUAUGCGGACCCUUCUGGCGCCCUGGAAUUGCCCUACACCCAAGCCAGACAUCCGCCCGUACCCUCAACCUCCACUUGCCACGGCAUUGCCCUCAUUCGUGCUGUCUCGCCUAAUUCAUCGCACAUGCAUAUCCUCACCCCGGUUCCGCCCGCUAUUCUUGCGCGUUGUCGGGUGAUCGUCAAGGGCGAGCUGGAGCUGCCUAUCUGGGGAAUGCUCGAUUUUACAGACGUGAAUGAAGGGGUUGCAGGUGUUGAGAAGUGCCGGGUACCAUAUUUGCAGUGGGGUAAGAGUGAAGGCUUGGGCGGCGAGCGUAGGAGAGUGAGGAGAAAUCUCAUGCGAAAAGCCCAAAUGUGAGGUAAACAAACGAAAAGUACACUACAUCUAUCAGAUACAAGCCGCGUUACAGCAAUUACCAUCACAUCAAAAGUACGUCACUCAAACACGAUCACUACGUCUGGACCUUUAUUGUCCAGCCAUCGCUUCCAAAGCUUGCUGUAUUUUGACGA